UAGUUUAAUUAAAAAAAAAUUGGGAAAUUUUAAACAACAUUUUCUUUGCCUCCCUCAUACAACUAGGAACUAUUCAACGCUGCGGUAAUGUUUCGUGCCCGAAUCCAUUUCUGGGAGGGACAAGUUGUAUCGUUCAACGUUGUCGGUUAUUUGCCUUUUGGCUGUCACAAUGCCCAAAAAGAAGACCGGUGCCCGCAAAAAGGCGGAGAAUCGAAAGGAGCGAGAGAAACAGAGCCGAGCCAACCGGGACCAGGUGGACUUGGCCAAACAUCCUUGCAAUGCCAACAUGGACUGUGAUAAAUGUCAGAGAAAACAGAAGAACAGGGCCUUCUGUUACUUUUGUAAUGUCGUACAGAAACUUCCCACAUGUGCACAAUGCGGCAAAAUAAAGUGCAUGAAAGCUUCAGACUGUGUCAUCAAGCACCCUGGGAUCUACACCACCGGGAUGGGCAUGGUGGGCGCAGUGUGCGACUUCUGUGAAGCGUGGGUGUGUCACAGCAGAAAAUGCUUGAGCACCCACGCCUGCGCGUGCCCUCUGGCGGAAGCCGACUGCGUCGAGUGUGAACGCAGCGUGUGGGAUCACGGAGGGCGUAUUUUCCGCUGCUCCUUCUGUCAGAACUUCUUGUGCGAGGACGAUCAAUUUGAGCACCAGGCCAGCUGCCAAGUCCUUCAAGCUGAAACAUACAAAUGCGUUUCCUGCAACAGACUGGGCCAGCACUCAUGCCUGCGCUGCAAGUCCUGCUACUGUGACGACCACGCCAAGAGCAAAGUCUUCAAGCAGGAGAAGGGGAAGGCGCCGCCGUGUCCAAAGUGUGGCCACGAGACUCAAGAGACCAAAGACCUCAGCAUGUCCACCCGCACGGUGAAGUUCGGACGCCAGGCCGGGGCUGACGACUACGACGACGACGACGGCUACGGUGCGUCCGGGUACGACUCGUACUGGAAGAACAGCGCAUCCGGAGGUGGAGGACACAACUAUGAUGACGACGAUGGCGAAGAGGAUGACGAUGAGGACGAUGAUGACGACGACGAUGAUGAUGAUGAUGACGAAGAGGAAGACGACGAUGAAGAGGAGGACGUAGUUGAAGAAAAAAUGGCUGCCCUUAAACUUAGAGGGAGCUGCCAAAGUCUGAAAUAGGAUAAAGUUUUAUUGACAAUCUGGUGACAGUUUUGUUCCCCCAGCUGAAAACAUUUUACAGCUUUUUAUUGACUUCACUGUCAAAAUACUGAUAAAAAUUUGAUUUGCAAGCACAGGACAGCUAAUGAAUUAAAAAAAAAAG